UCAGUCGAAUGGCGCGCGGCGAGAGGCCUAGUGCUUUGUCGCCUUCAGUGUAGUGGUGUUACUCGUGUCUCAUAGUAGUUCUUUGAUCGAUCUGUGCGUAAACAGUGUUCCACAAAACAUACUAUCCAGUUUUUACUCAUAAAAAUGUGCCAAUAGUAAACAUAAACUUUACGUGAUUAACCAAAAUGGGUUCCAAAAUCGAAUACGUGGACUCGUCACAUUUGUACGCUACGAACUACGUCCGUAAUUCGAAAGCGAUUGGUGUGCUUUGGGCCAUAUUCACGAUUUGCUACGCGAUUAUAAGCGUUGUCGCCUUCGUAACUCCAGAAUGGAUCGGAGAUUUAGAGACCGAGUAUCCAAGGAAGUUCGGUCUGUGGCAGGUUUGCCAGGCGGACGAAGCCGUGGAGGAGUGUAAGGGCAAGCUGGACGAAUUUAUGUCGAUAAACGGAUUUGUGUUCAAAGUGGCGACGGUGCUAGUGGGUGCAGCCGUCGCUCUGGCCUUGUUUACCAUUUGUGCCAUGCUGUUGUUUUUCUUCUGUCAGUCGACGACAGUAUUCCACAUAUGCGGAUGGUUGCAGCUCUUUUCUGCGGCGUGCUUGGUCGCCGGGGUAGCUGUGUACCCCGCGGGCUGGAGCGAGACCGCGGUGCAGGAGACCUGCGGGCCCACCGCCGACCAGUACAAUAUAGGGCGCUGCCACGUGCGCUGGGCGUACCUGCUGGCGGUGAUCGGCUGCCUCGACGGCGUCGUGCUGGCGGCGCUGGCCUUCAUCCUGGCCACGCGCCACGUGCGCCUGCAGCCCGACACGGCCUACCCCGCGCCCUCCUCGCUCUACAAAGGUGAAGUGAACAACGCCUACGUGACUGACGGGACAUCAGUGUCGGGCUCCCGCAAGUCUCUGGCCCUGCAGCCGGUGUUGCUCAUGCAUCCACACGCGCCCCUCGACAUGGACACCUAUUCACACUACUCGGGGAGGACUGCGCGGUCUAAGCACGGCAUCUAUGCGAACACCAUGCACAACUACCAGUUGUAAACCACGACCUCGUUCAAAGCGGUCGUAAUAGAUGGCGCUGUUUUAUAACUGUGAAGGUGUGACAGAUGGCGUUGUAUACGGAUAUUUACAUUAUAAAAUGGAAGUUAAUAAAGUUCAAUUUACUGCUGCCAAAAUAUUUUACGAAUUUUCUUCGACUGUAAUAUAGUUUGAAUUAACAUUAAUUUUAUCUAUGAUACUUCAUUUAUCUCGAAAAUUAGAUUAAGUCCUUAUUUACCUUAAUAAUAUUGUCUUUUCCUACCAUUUUUCAUUAAAAUAUGAUAU